UUCCAUCGCUGUUCAUCAGGUGUACGCCUAUUGGCGAACAUGUAUGCCUGUUAUGGGCAUAUCAAUCCGGUUCCAUUCUAGAUCAAUGGAUUGUUGUGGUCGGUCUCGUUUACGUGAAAGAAAACCGCGUGCCUAUCCUGGGAAACGGGACUACUCGGCAUGAUUUGAAGACCGGAUGUGAAGUAAAACCUCCUAAGCAGCCUUUGAGCCCAUGGUGAUUGAUUGGCACACCAGUAAUAGCAAAAAAGGGAAGUUUACCCUUCUUUUUAAAUCAUAAGUAGGGUAUGCCCUCGUAUGACAAAAAGGGACGAGUUUUUUCGUACUAGAGGGUUAGAAAACGAAGGAAUGAAAUAAGUAGGCUACAGCUAAAUGGGAAAGCUUGAGAGAUAUAAUACAUUUGAAUUUCAGGGUAUGUCCCUAAGAACUCCAGGACUUGUGAACAUGCAAAAAAUUCCUGUAUGCGCGGGUUGCAAUCAACACAUCGUGGAUCGCUUCAUUCUUAAAGUGUUGGAUCGUCAUUGGCACAGCAAGUGCCUGAAAUGCAUCGACUGUCAAUCCCAACUGGCAGACAAGUGCUUCAGUCGAGGCGACAGCGUUUAUUGUAAAGAGGAUUUCUUUAAGAGAUUUGGGACCAAAUGCGCCGCAUGUCAGCAAGGUAUUCCACCUACGCAAGUGGUGAGGAGAGCGCAGGAUUUCGUGUACCACCUGCACUGUUUUGCGUGCAUUGUGUGCAAGAGGCAGCUGGCGACGGGUGAUGAAUACUACUUGAUGGAGGACAGCAGGCUUGUAUGCAAGACCGACUACGAAACAGCCAAACAAAGAGAAGCAGACUCCACUGCAAAAAGGCCGCGAACGACCAUAACCGCCAAACAGCUUGAGACCCUGAAAAAUGCUUACAACAACUCUCCCAAACCAGCACGUCAUGUUCGAGAACAAUUAUCUUCAGAGACUGGUCUUGAUAUGAGAGUUGUGCAGGUGUGGUUUCAGAACAGACGGGCAAAGGAGAAGAGGCUGAAGAAAGAUGCCGGGAGGCAGAGGUGGGGUCAGUACUUCCGUAACAUGAAGAGGUCCCGGGGAAGCUCCAAAUCAGACAAGGACAGUAUCCAGGAAGAGGGCAUAGAUAGUGAUGCAGAGGUCUCCUUUACAGAUGAGCCACCCAUGUCAGAGCUGGGCCACUCCAACGGCAUCUAUAGUGGCCUGAGUGAAUCAUCUCCACUUAUGGGGGGCCGCCAGGGAAGCAACCACAGCUCCUUCCCCCUGGAGCAUGGAGUCCUUCCCUCCCAGGACCAGUUCCACGACAUCCGCUCCAGCAGCCCCUACGGACUCCCACAAUCCCCAGGCUCGCUUCAGGUCCUUCCCAGGCACCAGCCAUUCGUCUCCAGUCUUGUCUAUCCUGACUCCAGCCUUUCUAUCAUGACCCAGGGUGUGGCAUCAGGGAUGAACACGGGCAUGAGGGUUAUGGGUGGUGCCAACGGCCCAAGUUCGGACCUGUCCACUGGCAGCAGUGGUGGCUACCCAGACUUCCCAUCAAGUCCUGCCUCCUGGUUGGACGAAGUUGACCACGGUCAGUUUUGA